CGGAUCCCGUCCGGGGGCACGUGUUCACAUUCGAAUAUCAUGGCGGGCCGCGCGAGGCUCCCCAUCCCGCAGGAGCCCCUCGGGAGCUCAUGACUCGGCAGUGUUUUUGCAGGUGUAGUCCCGCCCGUCGGUGUGCCAGAGCCCGUUGUGGCCCAUGUGUGCUAUCUGCUUCAGCCGCGGCUCCACAGUGUACAUAGCCAUGCUUGACGGGUCCUUGAGUGAUCGUACGGAUCAGGAUGUCGAAAAGGAACAUCCUGUCGCCAUGCGGCCGGAAGCCCCCGUGGUGCCUUGUGGCCAGGAGGCACUGGACGUCGCCGUGAUCGACCAGCUGGACAGUGAGCGUGACAGGGAGCUGGUCUGCAUCUCGGGAGUGCCUCACUCGAACGAUCUGAACAGCUAUUCCAUCUUUGACAGGGUACCCCCGGCGACGAAGUUGGCGCUGAUCAAGGGCUCCCCAGGGACCCCCGUCCUCAAGCGAGCAAUGGGAUCGAUGUGCGGGAUGGCGGUCGGGGACGCCAUGCGCCACCGAUUCGAGUUCAUGCCGGCGCAGAACGAGCCAGACGAAAGCAGAUUCGACCUCCCAGAGUUGCAGUUCUAUGGUGAGUCGAAUUGCUUCCGCCUCUGCCGCGGGCAGUGGACGGACGACGCUGCCAUGGUUCUCUGCAUGGCCGAUUCGAUCAUCAUGAAGCGAGCUUUCGACGGUAGCGACAUGUGCGUCCUGUUCUGGUGCUGGUGAACCCGUGGCAUGAACAACGCGUUCCGCCUCGUCCCCAGCAGGACAGUAAAAUCCGCGUUCGGACUUGGUGGAACUGUCGCGAAUUCACUGUAGGACGUCUUCCUCCACAAAAAAGGGUAAACCGUGCCUCCUACAUGUUGUUGCGAUGGUGAGGAUGCGGGAAAUGGCAGCUUGAUGCGGCUCGCUCCGAUUGCCCUCUAUCUCUAUUCGGCGUCCUGGGACGAGUUGUACAACUAUGCCAGAAUGCCGUCCUACACUCAUCCAGGGAUCAUCGUUACCGAGGCGUGCUCAUUCUUGGUCCACAUACUCUUGAAGGCCUUGCGGUUGCCAUGCGACCAUGUGAUUGUCAGGCCCCUGCCAGCCUCUCUUCUUCCUGCGCCUCUCUCUGUGCUCCCUUGGGCGACGCC